AUGGCCUUCGACAGAUCGCAGUUCAGACCCAGGAGCGUGCGCAAGACGUUGGUGGCGCCGGCGCGGCCGACUGCGAGGGAGAACGAGUGGCUCCCUCUGAGCAAUUUGGACCGCGUGGUGACUCCGACGUUCAGCAGCGUGAUCCACUUCUACGAGAGCGCCAUCACCGCGAGCCGCAGUUUCGAGAGCGUGGUGAGGGAUCUGAGGCAGUCGCUGGCCGAGGUGCUGGUGCACUUCUUCCCGCUCGGCGGCAGGCUGAAGCUCCGAGACGACGGACUCAUGGACCUGCACUGCAACGACGAAGGCGCGGUGUUCGUGACGGCGACGCUGCGGCAGACGUUGGGCGAGCUCGGGGGCCCGCGCACCAUGGACGGGCUGUCGGGCCUGGAGAUCGCCAGGCUUGGACGCGGCCCGAUCUACAUCCCCGACCAGCUGACGCCGAUCGCCACCCUCGUGGUGCAAGUUACGCAGUUCCUGUGCGGCGCAGUCGCGAUUGCCACCAACUGGCACCACUCCGUAGCCGACGGCUCUUCGGGCUGUCACUUCAUUAAAUCCUGGAGCGAGGUGGCCACGGGCUGCGGCCUGUCGGUCGAGCCCAACCACGAGCGAAUGCUUCUGAAUCCCCGACCGAAUCCCGAUCCGAGCCUUGUGCAAGGCUACAGCACCAAAUCCUCGCACAGUCUGAACCGGGUCAAUCUGGAAGUGCAGAAUUCCGACGGCCCCAGGGCCCUGGAGCCUCCUGUUCUGGGUACCUUCGACCUCGACAAGGAAAUCGUUCUCAGGCUGAAGGAUAAGGUGAAUUUCGAGAGCGAGGAGGAUGAUAAUUCGAUGAGGAAAUUCACUUCGGCGGAGAGUAUUACCGGCACGCUUUGGCAACAAAUGGCGAGGGCCAGAAGCGAGGGCCGAGCUGAGAAAUUCGAUCCGGACCACCAGCAACAGCAGCAGCAGACGAUGACCAGAUUCUUCAUGUUCGUCGACGGGCGCAAGAAGCUGAACAUGCCGCCAGGGUACUUCGGCAACGUUGUGUGCAGCGCUUGCGCCGUCAGCACGGAGGGCGAGAUUCUGCAGAGGCCCGCGGCCUACGCGGCGGGGCUGAUCCGCAAGGCCUGCGCGAACGUGAGCGCGGAUUAUUUCCGUUCGUUGAUCGAUUGGGUCGAGGUGCAGGGAACGACGCCGUCCAAGUCCGAGCACGUGAAUUCCGUGGGCCGUGACGUCGCGGCCACUUUCUGGACGUUCUUCCCGUUGUACGAGAUGGACUUCGGACUCGGCAGGCCCUCGUUCGCAGCUCGAAACUCUCCAGCGAGGCCUCUCAUCGACGGGAUCGCCAUGAUGCCCAGCCCUCGAGGCCCCGGCCACAUGAUCGCCCUGCUAAACCUUCACCGGGACAGGAUGACCAGAAUCCAGAAGGAUCCUGAAUUUUCCUCCAUCUUCUCCUCCAUACCCACCGCGACAGCGUAA